AUGCCGACACUCGAAGGCAAAAAGGCCGCGUGGUUCUCGAGCGCAGCGUGCCGCGAGCACCGCGAGCGCAUCCUCGACGACGUCUACGACGUCGACCACGGCCUCGUCACCCGCCUCGACAUCGCCGGCGUCCGCGGCCAGCGCGCCGUGCUGCACCUCAGCCCGCACGUCUUCCCCAACGGCGCAGACAUCCUCGUCGCCACCGACGACGACGCCGACUUUGCCUCGGCCUUUCGCACAAAGGAGCACCCCGCCGACCCACGCUGCCAGCACCGCCAGACGUGGGCCGUGACGACGCGCGAGUGCAAGUUUGGCGCGGCAGACCACGUCUUUGUCUUUGUCGAGGCGCUCCCCGGCACCACUGACGAGGUCGUCUCGGUGACCAAGUGGAUGAUCGUCGCCCGACUAGUUGCCCUCGACAAGGAGAUCUGGGCCGAGAUCGGAGAGGACUUUGAGGUGCCCGCGGCCGACAUGACGACCAAGCUGCAGCUGCCACCAGAGAUGCAGAGGGGCUACGCCGCUCGACCCCCCUUCAGCAGUCUCGCGCGUCCGAUCCAGACGUUCGGCGAACCUUGGACCCGCCCAUCCGACGAGCUAGAGCAGGUGUGCGAGCGGUUGCGGAUGCUAGGCAUCGCGCCGGUCAAUCUGCCGCCAAUCGACGAACCCAUGGACGAGCCCAUGGACGGGCAACCGAUUGCCCCGCGCGCCCCAGCCCAGGUCAAACGCAGAAGGGCUGGCGCCGCGUCGCUGCACGUCCGCGACGGGAGCCGCCAAGGUCAGCUGCUCAAGAGGCGGCAAAGACCCAAGCCGAGCGCAAAGGCCAAGGUCAAGGACAAAGCGAGCAAGUUGACGAGCGGUCGCGGACGAGAGGCUAAGGGCGCCCGCGGCGACCGAGAUGACGAUGACAGCGGCGUCGACGAGGACAACGGCAUGAGCAUCGAUGGCAACCGACAGGAAGCCCCGACAGCCUCGAGGGGGCGCGAGAUCGAGGUACAGGAAGAAGAGUACCCUACCGAUGAUGACGACGAUGAUGAAUGGCUAGAGGAGGUGCAGAUCCCAGAGCACCGCAACCCAGUCCUCGAGCAUUACUUGGAGAUGAACCGCCGCCUGAGCCCGCGCCUGCUGGCCAAGAGCGCAAAGGGGCGGAGGGUACUCGUCGAGAUCUCCCUGACUCGGCUCGGUGACGUGCCGUCGCCCAGGCCGCUGCCGAGGGAGGACGAGCUGGCGUGGUACGGACUCCGCCGCCUGCUCGGCUUCACGUCGGACCGGGUGCUGCUGCACUCGUACAGAACCAAGCCGCUGCUCAAGGAGGCGCAGGACCAGAACAAGCGCGUGAAGGGCGAAAAGGCGAGGCUCAGCCCCGUCGCCUCGUCUCGUCGUAGGCGCUUUGUCAUCGACGACGACGACGACGACGACGACGACGACGAUGGAGAGGAUGAUGAGGACGAGGACGAGGACGAGGAUGGGGGUGCCCUCGCGCGGGCCGGGUACAUACGCAGGGCUCGGGAGAGCGUGGUCCUCAUCAAUCCAGGUCGAUACCCGCUCGAGGACAUCGCCAAGGCGCUGCGCGACAUCGAGAGGGAGCGCACCCCGAUCGAGGCGACGGUGUCCAUCGGCAGGUCCACAAGGGCCAACGUCGUCGCUCCCGCUCCCUCCGAUCCGCCGGCUGCACCGAGGCGGAGGGAGAGGCUGGUUAGGGGUGGCAUGUGA